CGUUGGGCAUCUUUUCCCGCAAGAUCUGGGGUUGUACGUAACAACAAUUGGCUGCAGUCUGGGGAAUCUGAGUGUACAGUCGCAGCACGGUGGACCCCAGUUAUGGUAGCAACGGAAGCGACCUGCCUUUACCGGUUCGAGGUGCGGGAUGCGUGGUAGCCAAGAUGUUGGCAUAUCAGCGUAUGCCCAGCGUCUGGCGCCGGGCGACUUGCUUGAAAAUCUCUGCUCGAGCAAAUUGAUGCUAGAAUCGCGAUACGCGAUGAUCCUAUAAGAGUAUUCAGGUCGCCGCUGCCCGUGAAAGAGCGCAGACCGGACUGGGAACACCGAUCGUCCUCCCUCCACUCUCACAUCUCACGAGCAGGGAUACACAGCGUUUGCCUCUCUCUCUAAGAUGCCGAACCAUCAUAUUGUCGGUGCUGGAGAAGCCGAGAAGGGCUACGACUAUGGCAAGCAGACACAUAGCACCGAGGAGCCAUUUGUGCAUGGAGCUGCUACAGUCGGCGAAGCUACCGGACGAGGCGGAGACACGCAUCGUGGUCUGAAGAGUCGACACAUUCAGUUCUUGGCUCUCGGUGGUGCUAUUGGAACAGGUCUCUUCGUUGGAUCAGGUGCCAUCCUUGCCUUGGUUGGUCCUGCCCCGCUAUUCAUGGCUUACCUGGGCAUGAUGAUCGUUGUGUGGAACGUCAUGAAUAACUUGGCCGAAAUCGUGACCUAUCUGCCGAUGAAGGGUAUCACCAUCCCUUACUUUGUUAAGCGCUUUGUCGACCCUUCACUCGCAUUCGCAGCGGGAUGGAACUACUGGUAUGCAUACGCCAUCCUAGUGGCUGCCGAAGCUACUGCCGGGGCUAUCCUUCUGGACUACUGGGAGACGCCUGUCCACAGGGCUGUCUGGAUCACCAUCUUUCUGGUCAUCGUAUUGUUCUUGAACAUCGUCGCAGUCGGCAUAUUUGGUGAAGCCGAGUUCUGGUUCGCCUCUAUCAAGUUCAUUACUAUCAUGGGUCUCAUUAUCGUCGGUUUCACGAUCAUGCUGGGCGGCAGCCCCAAUGACCAAGGCCGUCUGGGAUUCAGAUACUGGAACAACCCUGGAGCAUUCAAGCCGUAUCUCGUCGAUGGUCACGCCGGGAAUUUCCUGGCAUUCUGGACUGCCCUUAUCCGAGCCGGAUUCGCUUUCAUCACCUCUCCCGAGCUCAUCGCACUCAGCGCUGGUGAGACCAUUGCUCCUCGACGCAAUAUCCCCAAGGCUGCUGGCCGUUUUAUCUGGCGUCUUGCCAUCUUCUACGGUUUCGGUUCCUUCAUCAUUGGUGUAAUCGUGCCUUCUGACGACUCCCGACUCCUUAGCCCGAGCUCGAAUGCCUCCGCGUCGCCUUUCGUCAUUGGCAUCCAGAGGGCUGGAAUCGGUGGCUUGAAUCACGCCAUCAAUGCUGCAGUUCUGACAUCUGCGUGGUCAGCUGGCAAUGCAUUCCUCUUCUCUGGAUCUCGUGUGCUGUAUGGCAUGGCUCUCAAUGGCGAUGCCCCCAAGGUCUUUGGCAAGACGAGCAAGAACGGUGUACCAUGGGUUGCAGUCCUCGCAACCUGGUGUGUUGGUUUCCUUGCGUACCUCAACGUCUCCAGUAAUGGUGCUCAAGUUUUCACCUGGUUCUCCAAUAUCUCCACCAUCUCUGGAUUCAUUGCCUGGAUCGUUGUGAUGAUCACAUACAUUCGCUUCCGCAAGGCUAUGAUCUACAAUAAUAUGCUCGACCAGCUGCCGUAUCGCACGAAGUUUCAGCCUUACUUUGUAUGGAUCGUCCUUUUCGUUGUCUCGCUGUUGACUAUCACCAACGGCUUCGGCAUCUUCACCAAUGCCAACUGGGAUGUCUCUGACUUCAUUGCUGCGUACAUCACACUUCCGAUCUUCCUGGCGCUAUACCUCGGCCACAAGUUCUGUUACCGUACGCGAUUCUUCAUCCCGGUCCAGAACAUUGAUGUUAUGAGUGGUAAGAGGGAGAUGGAUGAGCUGUGUGCGGAUGAUAUCUCUGGAGCACCAGUACCGAAGAACGUGUUCCAAAAGAUCUGGUUCUGGAUUGCUUAGUUAGUAGUUACCAUUCGUUCAGUCAUGCAUCGAGGCAGUCGAGUCGGCGUGCGCGUCAAAUUUCUGACAGGGACAUUUCAAAACGAAGUAGCUUCCUUGAACUUCGCAUCGUCUCUAAGUUACACGAAAUCGCCACUGACCAAAUAUUUUCAUUCGUUGUGCGCUGCAACUACUGCAAGCACUUCUCCUUGUUUAAUCACUGUUAUCGCGUUCGCAUGACCGAUGUUAGUAAGCUGACCUUGGCUUCUGUCAGCUACACCUCUUCGGCGUACCCCACUUGCCUUACAAGGCCUCCAUCCAAUCCACACGAUACUUUGUUCGCCU